AAUAUAUGUCUUAAACAAUCAAGAGAAUUGCUUUAUAGUUGUCUCUAGAAAACAUAAAAUAUGUCAAUUCAAUUUGAAAAGUUGGGUUGGGUCGAUCGGCUGUUGACCCUUUGGAUGGUCUUGGCAAGGGGUUAUCAUACAUUCCGGGGAUGUCGGACUUCUUAUCGGGUGCAACAAUAGGUGGAGACACAAACAUCUCUUUGGCCAUUGGCCUGAUUGUGAUGAUGUACCCACCUCUGAUGCGAGUCGACUACGGACGUGUAGGUCAGAUCUAUAAGCAGCCCAAGGCGGUGUUAACGUCAGUCGGUUUGAACUGGUUUGUGGAUCCAUGGUUGAUGACGUUUUUGGGCUUGGCAGUACUGCACAACCACCCAGAACUGCUGCAAGGACUUGUGUUGAUUGGUAUUGCCCGUUGUAUUGCGAUGGUACUAGUUUGGUGCGAGUUGGCGGGUGCAGAGAUGGACCUGGUUGUCACCCUGGUACUGAUAAAUAGUGUACUACAAAUUCUACUAUAUUCCGUGUACGAACUGUUGAUUAUCCAAAUCUUUCUACCGGCUAUCGGUAUCAGUAGUGACACUAAUGCUGAUCUUUCUACGGGAGAGUCGUUCCUUUUAGUAUUCGAGAGUGUCGCGAUCUACCUUGGUAUUCCUUUCGCGCUUGGAUUUGGAACCUGGGUAAUAGGGCAAAGAGUUCUGGGUAAAGAUAAGUACACGAAGUUCGCCAAUACCAUCGGACCACUUGCGCUGAGCUCGCUUCUCUUUAUCAUUGUCAUCUUUUUUGCCAUAUCGGGCUCACAAAUGGUAGAUGACAUCGUUAGCGUGCUAUU